AAUUUACACUACUAUCUAAUUGCGAACAUCGACGGAGUUUCCUAAUGUAAAUAACAGGACCAAUGAGUUGGCAGUUUACAUCACCAAUGCCAGAAAAGACAAGCCAUAUUCUUGCAUAUAUAGAUACAAAUUAUCUGUAGUUAACACCCCAUCUACACACACUAAGGUGUAAACAAUGCAUAAUAAACUUGUACAGCUGUUGAAUUUGCUGCUCCUCUUCUCAACACUCUGUAAUGCCAAUCAGGCAAAUUAUUUACACAAGCUUCUAAAAUCCAGAAGAUCGAACAGUCGAAUUUCCGAUUCAGAUACAUGGUCACAACUUCAUGAAGAAAGAGAAUAUUCUCCUGCACUCCUUGCACCGCAGGAUGGACUAAUGCAAGCCGAUAGAAUCGUAGAGUUGCCAGGUCAGCCCGAUGAUGUGGACUUUGAUCAGUAUUCAGGUUACGUAACAGUCGAUCCAACUGCCGGAAGAGCACUCUUCUAUUAUUUCGUUGAGUCUCCAACUAAUUCUUCCACUAAUCCUCUCGUUUUAUGGCUCAAUGGAGGUCCUGGAUGUUCGUCUUUCGGGUUCGGAGCAAUGGAGGAAUUGGGUCCUUUCAGAGUCAACAGUGACGGCAAAACGCUCUUUCGAAAUAAUUAUGCAUGGAACAACGUGGCAAAUGUGAUAUUCUUGGAGUCACCUGUUGGAGUUGGUUUCUCUUACUCGAACACAUCUGCCGAUUACGGCAGCAAUGGCGAUUCAAGAACCGCCGUUGAUGCAUAUACUUUUUUAGUCAACUGGCUCGAAAGAUUCCCACAGUACAAAACACGGGAUUUCUUUAUUACGGGGGAGAGUUACGCCGGCCAUUAUGCGCCUCAGCUAGCAAACACCAUAUUACUCAACAACAAGAAAAACAACACUAAUCAAACUGUUAUUAAUCUCAAGGGAGUUGCUGUAUGUUAUUCAAUCUUAUUUACGGGUUUUUUUUCUUCUUUUUUUUUUCUAAUUAACUCUAUUGCAUUAUUAUUAUCGAUGAUGGCGUUUUGCUCCACUGGUUCUGUUAACUUCUUCGAUCCAUGCUCGGAUACGUAUGUCGAAUACUACUUGAAUACUGCUCGAGUUCAAAAUGCUCUCCAUGUAAAGCCCACAACUUGGGUUGGCUGCAAAUUUUUAAACUGGACAGACGCACAAAUCAAUGUUUUGCCGAUGAUCGAGAGUCUCAUGGCUAGUGACAUUAGUGUGUGGCUCUACAGUGGAGAUAUAGAUAUAAAUGUUCCGGUAACAUCCACAAGAUACGCGAUUAACAGCCUCAAGCUCCCAGUCGAGACUCCUUGGCGCCCGUGGUACCUUGACAAUGAGGUUGGAGGAUAUGUAGAAGGAUACAAAGGAUUGACAUUUGUGACAGUGAGAGGAGCUGGGCAUCUUGUUCCUAGCUAUCAGCCUCAAAGGGCACUCUCCGUAAUUUCGUCUUUCCUUCAAGGGAUUCUCCCUCCAUCUUCCUAAUUAGUGAUGUCA